AAUGAUAAAUCUCCCAGAUUCUACUUUAGAUCUUCCCCUUCCCCCUCCUCCUCCACCUACUCAAGAAGAUAUAGCGGAUAAAGAAAUACAAUUGAAAGAAAGAUUGAAUGAAGAGGAGGCUGAAGAUAAACCUAUAUCGGAUGAAAAUAAACUUCAGAAAAAAAUCGUCUUAUCGAAACAGCAUCUUCUCUUUCUUAUAAUCCAAGUUAUCAGUUUCGUUAUUGGAUUAAUAACUUUAUUUUUAUCUUCGUUUAGCCUAUCAACAAUAAGAUACGAUCCCAUUAUUAAAGUUUUCUCCGUAGUUAAUCAAUCAGCUAAUUUCGACGAGUAUUCUUCAUUAGCAAUUGCCAACAUCUUGGUUAUAGUAGGCACAAUAUUAAAGUUAUUUCUAAUAGUUUUCGGCUUUUUUGGCGCUCUCUGGAACAUUGGAACUAUCUUAGAAGUUUAUAUCCUACUCAUAAACAUCGUUUUCAUGAUGCAAAGUUCCGCUAUAGUUCUAGCAUCAAAAUUCCAUACGCAAAAUACCGAAAGACUUAACGAAGGCUUGCAUAUUCAUCUUGCAGAAUAUUAUAAAUCUAAACCAUUAUUACGCAAUGGCGAAUUGCAGUUGGAUGAUAAUCUAGUGUCAGUUGCAUGGGAUACAGCUCAAUUUCAUUUAAAGUGUUGCGGAGUUAGGCAAUCUAUAAACGACUAUUCUACUGAUCCUAACUCUUUCCAACAUAGUGAAUGGUCCAGCAAUACUAUAGAUCCCGGUAUAGAUUUUAGGCCUAGAUAUCCACCGAGUUGUUGUGUAUCGUCUAACGGAAUUAGUUACCCGUUUGAGAGGAAUUCAAGAUCUUUAGGCAUAAAAGCCGUCUAUAAUUGGAGAAAAUGUAUGAUAGAUGGAGAUCCAGAAGUCACUUAUACAACAUCUUGCUUUAAAGCUAUAAGAAAUCGAAUACAAAGUCAUAUACAGUAUACUUUAGGCUCUUGUACAUUUAAUGUAGCUGCCCUUAUACUCUGCAUAAUAUCUGCUUUAAGACUUCUAAGGAUUACUCCCAUUUAG